CAGUCAAACAAUACGUUGAAAGUAAUAUGGUACAAUCUUCCUUUUGUUUCUUCAAUUUAGCGAUUAACACGUCGCUGAGUAUUUUUCGUACGCAGGUUUCCUUUUCUUAAACGGUAUUCACGUAUUAGAAUUAUAGAAUAAACAAAGUUUUCGACGAUGUUUACAUCAUCCAAGCCCACAGGGGCGGAUUUUAUCGAUGUGACUUUACUAAAUACUCCUCGACCGCAAGCAACUUCGACUGUACAAAGGAAAAGCACAUUGGAAAGUAAAUUCCUUAAUAAGGAUAGUAACGAGGUAAUAUAUAAACAGUCUGCGAUGCAUCAAAAUGAUGUGACACAGAAAUCAGAUGAGUCGUCCCUUGGUAUACUUGACAAUAUAUCUUCUUUUCUAGCCGAGGUAAGCGAAAUAGGAGAGGUAGACAAACCAAAUGAGAGUAAAUUAGACAUGGAACGUGAGAUUGCUAGGAAACUACUUCAGAGAUGUAGUGACAUUAAGACUACAUCUGCUGUAUAUGACACAAACAAAGAAAAUAAUGCCAAUAUUCAAAACUUAUCCAGUAAUGUAACAUCUCCAAGUCUUGUUGAUCAAGGAAAAUCCAGGCAUUCUAAUCAGAUGAAUGCUCAAAAUGAAAGCACGUUGCAUUCAGUUGGUAAUAAAACAAAUAGUGUUAUCUUUGAACCAAACGAAAUAAGCGCACGCUCGUCUGGAUUGAGCAGAGGUUCGGCGAAACGUUUAUCAACUCUAUCUAAUAAAAAUGUGAAUGCAAUAACAUUUGAUUCAACUACUGCUGAAAUAAUGGCUCAGUUUAAUAAUGAAGAAUUUCGACCUGCCUCCGAAAUGGCCAGUCAGAUGCUAGCUGAUGAAGUAUCUUGGCAGCAGAAUUACUCUUAUGCUCUUCCAACAACUUCUGCUGAAAAGGAAUAUUUAAAUCUAUCCUGUUUUUCGGGUAUCAUCGGUGAACUGGAUUUAUCAGUGGAAUCUUGUGCCGGGUACAAGGUGUCUGUUGAUGAAUUCUUCAAAAGGAAAUGCGGAAAUUUUGGGCACUUGUCGGAUGGUGCGGUUGAAAGGCCAAGUUUUGGAUUAUCUAUAAAUAGUCCUAAAAAGAAUGGUACACAUGUACCAUUGGUUGAUUCGACUAUAAUGACAGAAGCAUCGUCGGUUGGUUCGUUUGUUACGAAAGAUAAAACUCUACAAAAUAAAACAAGCACAACGAAAGACAUAGAAGAGCAGAGUAUUAUGAGUUUAACUAGCAUUGCACAGGCAUUAGAGGAUAUUGACAGUGGUACACCACGAAGACUGGUUGAUCAACUUAUAAUGGCAAAAAAGAAGAAGAAAUCCACACAAGCAACGGAAGCAAAUGCAAAUAGACACACUUAUACAUUAAUCCCUUCAAAUAGAAAGUCUAUGCCUGCGACCCCAUGUAGAAACAAAGAGAAUUUUGAUAAAGAUAUGGGAUUAUUGAAUCUUUCUUCAAAAUUAUCACUAGAUAGUAAAAUUCCGAAUGAAACGGCAAAUGUUAAACAGUCAGUUUCUAGCAUGCUAUCUUUCAACUCCAAUGCAGGUGCAAAAGCAAAUUUCGGGAUUGCUUGUCAGGAACUGAAAAAGGAAAUAAGUAAUGUAAACUUUACAUCUUCUUAUAGCCAAGAUUUCAAAUCAUUGUUGAAAGACCCUCAAUUAUCUCUUUCACGUCACAGUAAAGAGCAAAACAUGUCACCUUGUAUUUCAAAAGUUAAUAUGAAACACAAACAAGAGAAACGAUCUGGUAAUUCAGAAAUCGAGGGCAUAGGAAAGAAAGAGAAUAUCAAGGAGGAAAAUACUUCUCAUAAAGAUAAAACAGAGUCUUUUGUACAAGACCUUUCGAAUUCCCAAGGAACUGAAUCUCAGUUAAAUAAUGUUGUCAUUGGUAAAAGUACAGAGGAACUAUGCAGUUGCAUUGUCGGUAUGCCAAGAGAAACUGAUAUCGAAUUACUCAACAAAAGUGACAGAUGGGUCAUAUGUUCAUUAAGUAUAAAUCAAAUUCAAGGAGACAAGCAAAAUGUUCGACUUGUAUUACCAAAAGAUGUCAUACUCAUUAAACCGAACUCCGAACAACACGCUAAGAUUAUAGUGACUGUGGUGAAAAUGACUAAACCCAUUAUAGCAGUGUUAAACAUUACAGUCUCAGACAUGGUAACCAGAUCUGAAUGGAUCAUGAAGCAUAUAAUUUGCUUCAAGCCUGAAGAGUUAAAUAUAAGCAUUUUAAACCCUUCUCAGAAACACGAACUAGACUUUCAGUCCAUUGUUGAAAGUAGCACAGCUGUUCUUCCCGUCACAAUUACAAAUAAAAAUAGCAUUGAUGUAUCAAUUAGACUUUCUAUAUUACAGGAUGAGCCACGGGUAUUUGGCCUGGAAAAUUCUAAUGAAUUGCAACGAGUGAUGCUAAAACCACAAGAAAGUAUGAUCAUAAAUAUUCAGUGCAUUGGUAUCUUACAAAACCAUUCAGAUAUUUCUGAAAGAUCAUUACAACUACAACGCUACGAUGGCAACUUAAUAAUCCAGGCGGAAAACGGCCCUGAUGACACCAUAAUAAUCAAAGAAAUACCCCUGGUUGUACAAGUAGGAACAUUCAAGAUACAAAUAGUCGACACAAAUAAGCCUUUUGUGGUUUCCAACAAGCAGAGCAAACCGAUGAAUGUUAUCAAUGUUGGAAAUAUACCGGUGCAGGUGUCUGCAUCAUUUGUGGAUACGGAUUCUGGAAAAACCUCGAAAUACUUCGUGGUUCAACCCAAGAACUUGCUUUUGCAGCCAAACGAAACUGGUUCCUUUUUUAUUACGCAUAAACCACCUAAUGCGGACGUUUCGAAAAUGCAAACGAAAAUCAGAUUCACGGUGGCCAACAAUGUGUGUCAAUAUUCUGUACACGGGGAGUCCAAUACUUAUUUGGAAACAGAAAAUGAGCACUUCCCUCGGUGUGAAACUCCUCAGUAUCUAUCGUCUGUUAGUUCUCCGUCGUCUCCUCAUAGUGUGAUCUCGAAUAAGUCGGGAAUGUAUGGAAGAAAUUCCCCACUGAGUUCGGUAUCAGGAUCGACAGUUGCUGGCGAGAAAAUUCCCAUAAGAACAACUCAUGCUGCUUUGGUAUGGAAUAGUAUAAAAACAGGAAAGUCUGAAAUUAAGGAAUUCACUAUUCGCAACACUAGCAAUAAUAAGAUAAAGCUUCAAACUAUUAUAUCCGACAGCGAGAAGAAUUUUCGGUUUCUUCGAGAACGACAAGCGGCUGGUACAAGCUUGGUGUUAGUAUUACAAGGAUCAGAAAGCAGAACACUGUCUGUUGUAUUUAAUCCCCAUCAUUUGGGUGCAGCCACUGGUAAAAUAAUAUUUAGACAUUAUGAGCCGAAAAGGGAAGACUGUGGUGAAUCCCGUCCGUCAAAAGUGCUGUUUUUGUAUGGCUAUGGUGGCUAUAGCAGAGUCGAAAUCUCUGAAGCAUUUAAGGAUACAAGCGGAAAGAUGUGGUUAUCCCUUGGCACACUAAAUUCCAGUGGUUCUUUGAAUGCGAAACUCAAGCUACAAAAUACGGGCGACUUGUGUUCAUAUGUGAAAAUAAAAUUAGUACCAAAAGCUGUAUAUCCUACUAUGGUUUCGAGUUGGCACGUAAAUCCAACCGAGUUAAUAUUAAAUCCAAAAGAAACACAGUGGGUGAUUUUGGAAUUUCAUCCACGAAAAGAAGAUUUAGCAUUAUUACAACGAUCAGAUGUAUCUCAUGUAGGAACAAUACUCAUUACUCAUGGAGACGAACCUACGCGUUGGCGAAUUCGUAGAUUAUAUAAUAAAAUGAAGGAAAUUGGCGAAUUAAAUGGUAAUGAAAAUGAAGCGUUCAAAAAUAUAGUUCAUCCAAUAUGCAGAGCUUUCCCCGGUGAACAAUUAAUGUCAGACAUAAAUACUAUCAGAGACUCAAUGCAAAAUCUUGGGGACCUUUGUCGAGGAAUUCGUCAACAUGAAAUCAUGCUGACAAUGGAAGUGUGUGCCGAUGAGACUCUAACAGUUCUCCAUGACAAUGCCGACGAGUCUCAAAUGUUUUAUUCCCUCUGCAGUGACAAUAGUCGUGUAUACGAAGGAAACGGUGAAAGCUUUUUACCCUCUGAAACCCUCUUAGCAAGCAGUACGUUUCAACAUGCAGUGAAUACCGAUAAUUUUAUAGUUACUCCAUCCACUGUAAUUUUAACCCCACCGACGAAAACGGAAGCAAUUGUGACUAUAAAAAGUACUUGUACUGUUGCUCAACAUUCGAAACCGCUUUGUCAAAUACAGAAUACUUAAGUGUUAUGCCCGCCGAAGGAAUGAUACCUACAAGAAGAGGCUUUCAGUUAAAAUUACAAUGCAAACGAAAAA